GAGAGACAGAAAGCCAGUUGUCUUGUUAGAGUUGAGAAAAGCUUACUUGUUUAUUGAGGUCAAACGUACGAGGAGAAUGUGGGCGACACAUGUGUGACAAAGUACAACUGUAAAAGUAGAUAUCGUCACAUCUAGGUCGAAGUUCAUAGAGUAUUUUGUCAGUACUGUUUACACGCGCGCCCCCUGGUGAGUAGUGUCGCGGCGGAACCCAAUGGGAAGGCAAUACUUGUCGACAUACUAGCACAUUUUGAGAGGACAAGUUAAAUAUUUGCCUUAUCUACUCGUUGGCUGACUCUGCAUAUUAGAACCUGACUGUGUACACAUAAUUCGCAUGUCAUAGCACGCGUUUUUCAACUUUGAGUCCAUGUUGAUAAGAUAUCCGCGAAGAGCUAGAUUACAUCAGCUCAAAAGAACAAUGUCAGAGACAGCAAACGCGAUGUUUAAGAUCGUCAAAGAAGGUUUUACAGAUGGUUCUCAUUACGACAAAUACAGACCCGACUACACACCGGAAACGACGUCAGCAAUCUUACGUAUGCUCACUGCUGAGCAUGGUGUCAGUGCAGGUGAAAACUGUGACAUUCUUGAACUUGGAGCGGGAACUGGAAAGCUCACAAAGCAUUUGUACAAAGCACUCCCACCCGACCUGAAAUUUGUUGCUACUGAACCAAUGUCCGAGUUCCUGACAACGCUGCGAGAACGAUGCCCAGGUGUGACCACUGUCAAGUGCACGGCCGACGUUAUACCUUUCCCAGACAACUCUAUCCAGGGCAUUGUUGCGGCGCAGUGUUUCCACUGGUUCGCUAACGAGUCUGCUUUGACCGAAAUAACUAGGGUUCUUAAACCCAAGGGGAACUUAAUUCUCGUUUGGAAUGUGCCGAACACCGAGGUUGACUGGGUUGACGUUCUCACUAAAAAGGCUUUGACCUUUUACAACGAUGACGAUCCGCAGUAUGUUAGGUUUUGGUGGAAAGACGCUAUAGAUGCAUUUCCUGGACUAGGACUUAAAACCAGGAAACUACUUGACUACACCACUUCUGAGUAUACAAUAGAUGACAUGAAGACCUUUUAUUCCACCACAUCGACAUUCGCCAGCAUGUCGGCGGACGAUAAGGAACACGCUCUGGGAGAAUUAGAGAAGGUCGUGAGAUCUCAUCCAUCCACAGCCGACAAGACAAUUCUACAGUAUCCCAGAGUUACUGAUUUAUUGCAAUAUAUAAAGCAGUGAAAUUAAAAACCUACCUACGUUAGUUAUUAUUAUUUCAAUUUCUAUUCAAAAUGCCUCAAUAAACCAUAUUUUUUUCUGAU